GCUGCGGCCUUUCCCGUGUAAGUCUUGGCAAUAUGAAGGCGAUCAAUUGGGGUCUUCCUUUGGCGGGACAUAAGCUCGACGCGACGCCGAUAGCAACAAGCAAAGUUUCAAAUCGAAUCCAAUGCAUGGCAAAAUGUACCAAGACCCAAGGAUGUGUGUCCAUAAACCUCGGGCCGAGCCAAGCGGGUGAACACGAAUGUGCGCUCCUGGACACAACUCGUUACGGCUCUACAUUUCGAAAUUUAACCGUUGCAGCUGGUUGGACCUACAUGGGACCAAAGACUCGAUGCGAUGCAAAACCAUGUCCCGACAAGCAAGAAAUUCGGUGUAUUGCAGGAGAAACAGAAAAUGAUUAUUCAUGUAUGACCAGCAGAUCUGAGACGUCAUGUCAGCAGUUUAGAGAUACUGGCGAAACAAACUCUGGUAUUUAUACUCUUUCAUCAUCCCUGGGCUUACAAUUCAAAGUCUAUUGUGAAAUGGAUACAAAUGGUAAAGGGUGGAUUGUUUUCAUGAAGAAUGACGCCAAGACCACCAAUUACUUUAUCAAAGAUUGGGCGACCUUCGAAAACGGAUUCGGGGAUCUAAACUCGAAUCAAUUCUGGUUGGGAAAUGAAUUCCUGCAUCAAAUAACCAAAGAUAAACAACAUGAACUGCAGGUGGAUCUUCGGAAAGCGGGUGCAGCAGACACGUACGCAUUUUACAGCGGUUUCCAGGUUUCAGACAAGAGCGAUGGCUAUCGUCUCACUUUCGACACCUCGUCAUACCAAGGGGAUGCUGGAGAUAAUCUGAAAAGUCACAACAACAUGAAAUUUACUACGCAAGACAAAGACCUUGACACCUAUUCAGGGCAUUGUGGAGAGGGUCACAAGGUCGGAUGGUGGUACUAUUCCUGUUGGGCGUGCCUGCCCACGAGAAACAUUCCUUAUUGGGGAACCUCCCUGGAUUUCAUUCAGCUCAAAAUACGACCGAUGGAUCCUUAGAACAGAUCCUUUUGCUUUUUCCUCCUCUUUUCUGCAUCAACUGAUACUUUAUCACUUGCAUUUCGUGUUUCAUCCACUGUCGUUUCCAUUCGGCGUUUCCAUUCGGUCGCUUCUUGUCGCUUCCUGUCGCUUC